CUGAGGGAGGAGGGAUCCAGACCGGGUUUCUUGAGGAUGGGAGUGACAGCAGCAGUUUUGAAGGCAGAGGGAACGGUUCCUUGGGACAGGGAGGAGUUGAAAAGGUUGACAAUGUAGGGGCAGAGGACGGGGAGGCAGGACUUCAGAAGAGGGGUGGGUAGAGAGUCAAGCGAGCAAGUUGUGGGUUUGGAGGAGCUGAUCAGUUGGAGUAUUUCAGGGGGGGUAACCAGAGUGAACUGGGAGAGAAUGCCGUGGGGAGGAGGGCUCGGGAGGUCAAGGGAGAUGGAGGGAGGAAUUGUGGCGGUGGAUGUUGGGGGAGAUGUUUGUGUGUCAGAUGCAGCGGAUAGGGAGUGAUUAAUGGCAGUGAUUUUGUCAGAGAAAAACUGGAGGAAUUAACUGCAUGUGGAAGUGGAGGAAGAGAGGGUGUCAGCACGGGGUUUGAGGAGCUUGUUGACUGUAGAGAAGAGGGUCCUGGGGUUACGGGAGGGGUCGAUGAAGAUGGUGGAGAGGUAAGCAGAUUUUGCGGCAUUGAGGGCGUCUCUGUAGGUAGUGAGAUGGAGUUUGUAGGAAUCAUGGAAUCAAUUAUAAUAUCAUGUUUCCCACAGGACUGUACUCCCCUGGUGUUUGCUUCUCCUGGAUCUUAUGUGAAAGUUAUUGGAAGUCUGCACAGCUCUACUGGUGAAAGGUCAUUGCAGGCCAAACACAUCCGAGUUAUCACAGACCUGAAUGAGAUCACAUCCCACAUGCUGGAGGUGGUGCACGCUCACAUGCAGAUUUUUAAAAAGAAAUUUGAUGUGAACAUGAACAUCACUGUGGUCCCAUCAGAGGAUUUGCCCUCCGUCCAGGGUCAGGUGAGUCUGUUGAAAGG